AUGGACCCGGAAUGCGACGAGAAGCAGUUUUUAACACAGCUGAACGAUGGCCAGGUGGUGCGACUCGUCAGUUCUACCUCAGCGAAGCUUACACCUCUGGAGCCCUACAUUUUCCGAGCCUACCGCGCCUCGGCGCAGCAGCUGAGGAAGCUGGAGCUGGAACCGGAUCUUGAGGCUUACAGCUUCGAAGUCGUGGAUGAGGGAGUCCCUGCACUUGGCAUGAGCCCACAGCCUGAAAGCUGCCUCAGAAUCCUACCUAACCGCUCGGUGGACUUCAAAGGAGGCCGUGGAAAAUGGGCCACCUUCGUUAUAGCAGCACGCGACGCUGCAGGGGUCGCGCUACGCUCGGUCGGCCACGGCAUCGAGAAGCCGGCUUUUCUUGCUGCCAGCUCCAGCGGCUUCGUAGCCGGAGCAUCGGUUCAAGACCCAGCCAGCCGUUGGCUCUUCCAGGCGCAUGUGAACAGGAUGAAAAGGCCUUUCCAAGAUUUCGAGUUCAGUGCUGAGCAGUAUGAUGCCUUUGCAAGGGACGGCUUUGUGAUUCUGAAGGGUGCCGUGGAAAGCGACGGUGUCCAGGCUGCACUGCGGUCUAUCAACCACUUGCUCGGCAAGGGCCCUGAAGCGUGGAUGGUGGACACCGAUGCGCCGACAGAACCCGGAGAGGCACCGAAGAGGAAGCUGCCGACCAGCAGCCACCCAUCCAUCGAGGCUCUCGUCACUCGCACUUGCCUUAGCGUUGCCGUGGAGCGCCUUUUGGGCGGUGUUCCCGCCCCACCUGGUGCAGGAAAUCUUGCUGUGCGCUUCCCAGUCGUCGAUCGGCUCGAGAUGAGUGGGGGAAGCCUCACGGAUGCAGCCAAGCGCGUGGUUGAGCGGGAUGACAGCACACAACAAUUUCACAUCGACGGCAUGGGCAAGGAGUCACCUUUGCCCUUCAGUGUCCUUUGCAAGGUCGCCCUUUCGGACCAGACUGAAGAGCAUUCUGGGAAUUUCACGGUGUUUCCUGGGUCCCAUCGGAACUCCGAUGUCGUCCGCUGGUACUUCGCGCACCUCUCAACCGCGACAUCACCGAAGCCGUCGAGGCCGGAAGUGGGCUCGCCAUUGCAGCUGCGGCUCGCGCCCGGAGAUGUGGUCCUGGCGCAUCCCUAUUUGUGCCAUCGCGUGGGAACCAACACAUCUCCCCACAUCCGGUAUAGUGUGAUCUUCCGAUUUCGCUCAAAAGAUUUCGCUGAACACGCUGCGAAGCGCGAGGUGGAGCGAGACCAAGAGCAGAGGGCACAGGCCAGCGCGCAAGUAGCGCCGGGCACCACCCGCUAUGCUGCUUGGCAGCGGCGGGGGGACACUGCAGCCCUUGGAGAGAGGCUCCACAAUGACGCCGCCAAAAGGGCCUUGAAGAUGCGUCAUUUGCAGGUGCACAGUGACGCUUGGCCCAGAUACCCGGAAGGCGAGAGAAACCAUUCAGAUCCCCAAGAUCUUCAGCUGUUCCCGAUACGGAUCUACACGCCGUCCGGUGAUGUGCUUUUAGAGCAAAAGCUGCCUGGAGGCAGAACUGUGCGGUCUAUUUUGCAGACCCUCCGCACGGAAAAGCGUGGCAGACUCUCGCUGCUGCAAGGCACCGAGGUAAUCCCACAAGGCAAGAAGCUAUCGCAGCUGAACCUCGCCGAAGAUGAGGGCUUAUGCCUGGUCAGAAGAGCCACAGGCAACUACACUCUCUGGGAAGACAACGUUUAUGCGGAACAUCAUUUGGUAAAGUGUCUUCUGGUUGGAGCAGCAAAAACCGGCAAGUCUACGUGGAUGCUGGCCUUCGGCCGACAUAGCUCUACCUCUCAGUAUCAGCCGACCAUCGGCGUAGAGUUUAAACUCUUGCGCCUUCAGUCUGAGGAUGGGCUGCGGAUGAAAAUACAGCUCUGGGACACUGCUGGGCAGCAACGCUUUCGGACAAUCACAAAUGCCUACUACAGAGGGGCCUCGGGAAUCAUGGCGUUCUUCUCACUGCACAGUCGUGAGUCCCUGACCGAAGUCCUUCGAAUGUUGGAGGAAGCAGAGGGGAGGCAUCCUCUUUCCUGCCGAUGCGUGUGUUUGGUCGGGACCCAUGUAGACAUUCCAGAUCCUGAAGUGACACAAGAGGAGGCCGAGCAGCUUGCGCAACAGAAGGGCUGGCCCUUUUUUGCAACCUCGAGCAAAUCUGGAGUCAACGUUGAUGACCCUCUUUUCGGUUGGCUGGACAUGCUUCUGGACGAAAGGCUUCGCCGAUAA